AUGUGGGCCUGGAUUAUAGGAAUUUCUGCAGUACUCAUCGUUCUCUUCACUAGUCCAAUUUGGGUUCCCAUCCUCCUAUUCACAACUCCAUUCAUUCUCUUAUGGGCUGGCAUAAUUUAUGGAAUCCUCCGACUUUUAGGUCUCUGGGGAACUGUGGCGAAACAAGGCACACGAUUUUAUGACUGGCUGUUCUUCAAAAGUGAUAAGCCCCGCAAGUUCCUCUGGCAGCAGUUUUACAAUUUCCUGUGCUGGAUGUUCCCACAAGAGGAGUGGAAAACAAUGAAUUACGGCUAUGCUAUUAACACCGAAACAGGUUUCACAAUUUACCUCGACCCUGAAGAAGAAUCAGAGCGCUUUUCCUAUCAGCUUUACCAUUACAUGGCGACAGGAUUUAAAAAGAUCCCAAAUCUCAAUGGACUUAAAGUCUUAGAGGUUGGCUGUGGCCGAGGAGGCGGAUUGGCUUAUGUCCUUAAAUAUCUUAAGCCUGCAUCUGCAGUUGGGGUGGACUAUUCUAAGCAGCAAGUAGAGUUCUGCAAAAAGACACACACUGGGCAUAAUAUCAACUUCGUAUGGGGAGAUGCUGACUCCCCCCCCUCCGUGAGUGAACAAAACCAUUAGAAAAAUCGCUAUUUUUUGCCCAAAAAACCCACCCUCCAUGAGUGAACAAAAAAUUUUUUUAAUAGAAAAAUUUUUAUGGAAAAAAAAUUUUGAUAUAUAAAUGAUAAUUAGUAUAAUGAAAUCUAGAGCUAAUUCUGUUUAAUUUCAAACGAAUUGCUUUUUAAAACAUAAAUUUUAUAAAUUAAAUUAAUAUUUGCUUUCCAAUUUUUGCGAAUUAGGAUUUUUUUUAAAUUUCGAAAAAUAAUAUUUUUUAUAAAAUUUAUAUAGAAAUUUUUUUAAAAACAAAAAAUUAACCCUCCUCCGUGAGUGAACAAAAUUUUUUUGUUCACUCACGGAGGGGGGGAGUGAGCAUAUACCAGCAGAAGACCAAUCCAUUGAUGUAGUGUUGAAUGUGGAGAGCUCUCACUGCUAUGGAAAUAUUAAAGCCUUCAUUACAGAAGUUAACAGAAUUCUUAGGCCAGGUGGUCACUUUUUCAUCACUGACUUCUUAUAUGAGAAUGAUCUCGCAGCCUAUGAAGAAGCCUUGGGCUCUACAGAAAUGAAGCUUCAAGAGAAGCAAGACAUCACUGACAACGUGCUGCUUUCGCUAAACUUCGACUCAAAAAGAAGAAGCCGGAUGAUUUUGAACAGGACUCCUAGACUGUUGCACCCGAUUUUGAAAAGAUUCAGCGGGGUGGAAGGGUCGAAUAUCUACACUCAAAUGAAAAGCAGAGAAUCAGUCUAUGUAGCCUACCAUUUGGUAAAGCCAAAGAAAUCAGAAGAAUAA